UAGUUUGAACUCUUACAGUGCUACGCCAUUCUGAGACAUUUCUGAGUAGCACUCGUUGUAUUGUAGGCAGGAACCAUUUCCCAGGGUUACAUUUUCUAUUAGGAAGCGGUCUUUCAAACUAAACGCGGAAGACGUUGGUAUAGUGAUGUGAGUUGUAUUAUUUUGGCUGUGGAUAGUAUUGCAGUUUUGCGUUUUCAUAUAAGUAUGCCAACUUUCGCGUUACAGCCUGUGAACGGCGAUUCUAAUAUUGAUCUCCCAGACGGGGAGACUUUAAUUGGGAGAGGUCCUUGUUUUGGAAUCUCUGAUAAAAGAGUGUCAAGAAACCAUGCCCUGUUGAAUGUGUCAAGUGAUGGGCUUCGCAUCAAGCCAACCCACAUAAAUCCAUGUUUUUAUCAGCCGUCUGAUAAAGAUGAGCAGCAGGUUCUGGAAAAAGACAAAUGGUACCCACUAUACAAAGGAGACAUUUUUUCUUUGCUGCCUGACAAAUAUAUAUUCAGAGUCAUUUCUACUGACUCUGACUCUGAUACAGAUGCCACACUGAAUAACAGCCAGAUAUUAGAUGAACAACUUCUUGAUGAAGAUCCAGCUCCUUCCAGCAGUGUGCCACUCACUGUUGACAAAUCCCCAGGCUGUUCUUCAGUCAGUAGUAUAGAUCAGAAAACUGCCCCAGCAGAUCAAAGAAAUGCAAACAAUGAUAAAAGAAAUGCAAGUAACCAGACUUUCCAGCCUUUUGAAACAGAAGAUAAUGAUAAGAAAGACCAGCAGAGACUUCCUGAAAGGAAACGAGUACUUCCUGCAUGGAUGCUACAGGGAGAUUUAGGAAAUCAAAGUCCUUCAAAAUCACACAAUAAAGGAAAUGAAAGAGCUGGAAGGGGAAAAACAAAAGGAAAUGCAGAAGAAUCCAAACCAGGAGUAAGUCAGCAAAAGAGAAGGCAGUGGUCUUCCUCAGACAGUGGUGAAGAGGAUGAAGAAAUACAGCAGCAAAUAAAGAAAAGCAGAACAAGUAAGAGUAAAACUAAAGGUUCUUCUUUAAAGUCAGAAGAAAAGGAAGACGAUAAUGCAGUUGAAGCAAAAGGCAAGUCUGUUAUUCAGAAUCAGAGGAAAAAUGAAAAAUCUCAGUCAGAAGGAAAAGAUGAGUUUCUGCUAAACAAUAAGGAGCCUGAAAAUAAGGAGGCAGUUAACAAGUCUCAGCAACCCGAUGAAAAAAGUAACUGGCAGAUAAGUGAUAAUGAAGAGAAAGAAGCUACACCAACUGUGAGUCACCACCAACACUAG